GCCUACCGGUAAUUUGCCUUACCGAGCGGCAAUUUGAAGCAUGCCUUGCCUAACCACAUGCUUUGUUGUCCCCUCUGGCAACCUGAACCAGAGCGCGCGACGCGGCACAACAAGCCGCCCGUCAGGCCGAGGCGGAGGUGGAGCGCAUCGCACGAAGAGCAGCCGCCUCCACCAAGCCGCGCAGCAGCACCGAGGCUCGGGAGCUGGCGCAGCACCUGCGCGAGCAGCAGCAGCGCGCGCUGUCCGCCUCCCAGCAGCGGCGGGACACCCGGGCUGCGCGGUUCGGCGCCAGCACCAGCGGCGUGGUGGUGGCGCUGAACCGCUGCCUGGCCGCCCCCGAGGGGCAGGGCGAGGUGGUGGGCGUCAUGGCGCAGCUGGCCACUGUGGACAACCCGCACCUGUCGGCGCUGCUGUCCGCCGCGUACUCCUCCACGCUGCAGAUCCUGGUUGUGCGGUCAUACGAGUGCAUCAAGCGGCUGCGGGACAUGUUGACCGCCACCCGCAGCCCCAUUCCCUCCAUGCUGGCCACCAGCAUGAUUCAGGCGUUUACCGGUGACGGCGGGCGGCAGGCUGCGGAGAUGGUUGCGGCCAUGCGCAACGUCAGCCCGGAAGCCCGCGAGCUGCAGGCGGCUGCAUGCGACGGAGCGGACCCGCCGCUGCCCAUGCUGCUGCCGCACACUCGGAUGCUGAUGGCCGUGUCGCAAGACCGCGCCCAAGCUGUAGCCGGCGCCGGCCCGGCCGUCAACGAGUGGCCUCACGGCUGCCUGGGUUACGCAGUUAACCUGGUGCGACCCGUGGGUCACGGCCACCGUGCAACCAUAUUUUAUAGCCAGCUGGGCCGCACGCUUGUGUUUGAGACAUUGGACCAGGCAGCGGCGUACCGCACGUACGUCGUACAGACGCUGGGUUGCGGCGGCCUGGGCGACAUCUACACGCUGGACGGCGGCAAGCUGAGCGGGCGGGGCGUGGUGGUGGGCAGCGGCUUCCGCGUGGUGCCGGUGGAGGACGCGGUGGUGCGCUUCGGAGCCGCGCAGGGCAGCCAGGCCGCCCAGGCCAAGCAGCUGACGCAGCAGAUGGCGGACAUGGAGGAGCUGGCGGCGGCGUGGGAGGCGGUGGAGCGGGCGGCUGGCGAGGAGGCAGAGGCGGAGGCGGCUGCGGAGGCGGCGGGGCAGGGCGCGGAGGCUGUGCGGGCGGAGGUGGGUGAGGAGCUGGCGGCGGUGGAGGCGGAGAUUGCGAGGCUGGCGGGGGAGCAGCCGGGAGGGGCAGGCCAGGGCGGCGGCGGCAGCAGGCGGCAGAAGGGCGGUCGUGGAAGGAAGAGGAGUCGAGAUGCCGCGCAGCCAACACAGUUGCCCCAGACGGCAGGGGAGGAGGCGGCACCGCACGAGCCGCCGCCCGACCCAGAUCAGCAAGACACUCGCGGCGGCGCGGGCGAAGGAGGAGGCAGGGGACACAGGAGCAAGCGAAACAAGGGUCGCAUGGCGGCAAUGCAGUAGCCAGGCAGCAGCUGCUGCAGUCACGCGUUAUGACGCCGAAAGGUAGCAAUGGGGCUUGAACUCGCCAACGGUAAGUAAUCUAACUUGCCAACGGUUGAAUAUCCGUACGCGACGAGCGAAUUUCGCGCUGUUGCGCAUGGGAGAUUUUGACAGGUCGGUUGGUACCGGUAGUGCCGAUGGCCGAUGACGAGCGAACAUGUGCCAAAGGUGCUGUCACGCAUCAAUCGCGAACACUGUUGAUGGGUAGUACAGCGUGGCAGCCAGGGAGGAUUUAAGGGCGCGCGUGCCGCAGGGGUAACACGUCGCGGAUACCGGCUUGUCGGGGAAGCCAAAACAUAUAACCUGCGUCGCAAAGUUGGUGUUACACAGUAACAUACGGUGUGACAUCUAGUAGUAGACCGACUGACCGUGACAUAGCGCUGUGCAUGGGUGGGGACUCUACUUCGGCCAUGUAGAUGCUGGUCCUCGUUGCGAGGAGGUGUCGCUACCUUCAACCAAAGGCGUGGCGGCCAUUGCCGCAUGUGCCAUGGCACUUCACAGGGCCCGUCGCUGGUAGGCACUAGAAAUUGUCUGCUUUGUCCCCUGGGUCGUUGAGACUCUAUGACCUCGCUCCUAAUGAACAUACUGUGUAACGUUCGGCGGUCAUUGCCUAAGCUAAGGGACAGUCGCGACAGCUUUUCCGUUUUGGUCAGGCGCAGGCACCAAGGGCGAGCCGCCGAGAUGUGGGUGCUUAGGUGAUACGGGCUUUUCCUACGCAAAAUAAGAUUUUGCUUACUGGUGCUAACUAACAACUUAUUUUCGCUGAUGAUUUCAGUGAAUCAGUGGAGAGGGGCGCGCAACUAACCAUUGUGCAUAUGGCCGCUUGUGUAACUGCGCGUCACCGUCACCGUUUUGACGUGCAACUCUUGCUGGGUUGCAAGCAGUGACUAACCUUACCAUGGAGCUAGGACCGCAGGGUCAGAACCUUAACGGAUAUCGACCAAGGAUCCUAUGCGUUAAUUCGUACCUUCGACGCACACCGCGUAACUCGGACCUUGGACUAUACUAUGUAAGGAAUGAGUCGAAUCUCAGUGACAAAUGCACUGAUUAAGUGUAAAAAAUAGAGUAACUGCAGAUGAGAACCUCGACCGAAGCACAUAAGGCCCACGCUUAUUGCGAACGAGUCGGUGGAAGCCAACGGGCUCCUUGGGCUAGAUUCAUAGGCACAGUAAGUAGUACUCAAUGGCUAAGGGUUAUGGCUUUGAACGCAUGGGGAAGUCGUCUAAUGCCACAGUGCACAGCUCCGACACAAGCACGGUGUGCGUCCCAAGGAGGAACCUCGCAUAGUUCAAUACAACAGGGUUGACCCUUACCUAUGCCUCAGGCAACUGGGAAUCCUUAAAGCUUUACUUCCUUACGCUGCGAUGAAUUCUGUGCUGCUGUGCACAAAGGACCUACACUUUCCACAACAACUCUACGCCUGAAUUUUACUGUGCUGUUGGUUGUGAAUAGAAGACGAAUCCCUCUUGGCUGAAAACCGCGCACAAAUGGAGCAGCAACUAACGGAGCAAGCCCCUAGACAGCCAGACUUGAGCAGCCGCGAUGAAGAAGGUACAUCGGAGCAGCGGCAAUUUGGUGCAUUUAGCGGCGGUAGCGUCUUUGCCGCAAGUGCGGGCAGCCUCAGCGAUGAUGAAGGCAACGACGGCACAAAUAGCCCCCAGCGCCACAGCAGGCCUGACAUGCCGCCUUCCAGCGAGCAGCAGGAACAGCAUCAGCAACCCGCUGGCGAGAGCAACAGCGUCCAGGAGCUGCUAGGUCUCCUUCUGGCUCCUAGCUUUUCUGGCACUACCGUCGGUAUGCUGUCACCGGUUGGCCGCCCUGACUCAAACAUGCUGCUGCAGCAACUGACUGAGACGGCGUCGGUACGCUCCAACGCUAACGCAAGCCGCGCGCAGCAAGAGCCCGGCGACCGUCCUGCUUCCGGCGGUCCUAACGCCGGCCUCAGCUCCAAGCAACCGCCUGCUGACGACCCACCGCUGCUUGCCAACAUCGAUUCCGACCUCCUUCCCGACAUCCAUGGCCUCUUGGCUACCCUGAACUCGCCAAGGUCGCGGCCGUACGGCGUAGGUUUGGUGCCGCCUGAUAUCAUCCGUGCACAGCUGGCCGCAAACGCUGCGAAUGCCGCUUUUCGCCGCAGCGGCAGCGGCCGUGGUAAUAGACCUCCCAUCGGCGGCAGCGACGGCGGAGACCGGUCUUCCAACCCCGACGCGGCUGCGGUGCCGACCAUGCAGCCGCCGCCUCCACGACCGCCAUCAACGGUAGCAGCAGCGGCACAAGAGUCGCAUACACCGCCGCAGCUGCCUUCUGCCGCAGCCGCAGCCACGCCCCCUGACGCCUCCUUGCAACAGCAGCAGCAGCUAUCGGCGGCCGCACCCUCGCCCAUCCACGACAGGCAGUUUCGGCAGCCACAGCAGCCCUUCCCGCAGCCGCCGCAGUCGCAGCAGCAGCAGCAGCCCCAGCCACCCCGCUCCCCGCUUCUGCAGCCCCAGCAGCCGCCUCGCUCCCCCCUCCUGCACUCCCAGCCCCCGCCGCUGCUGCAACUCCCUCCCUUUCCUCAACCCCUACAGCCCCUGCAUCAGCAGCAAGCCGCGGCCGGCAUGCAGGCGCUGCCGCCUCAGGCACAGCUUCAUCCCAGGUCGGCUACACCACCGCCGGGGUUGUGCAUGGGUGGCGGCGGCAACGGCGGCGGUGGCGCCCUGCACAUGCAACAACAGCCGCCACUUGUCCAUGCAAGGGCUGCGACGCCGCCGCCCCUGGCCGCCUCGGCCUCCUUCCCGGGCCCGGCUGGCAGCAACGGCACUGCAGAUGUCCGGCUGGAGGGCUGCGUGAGCUUCACUGGCAACAACGAUGACCUAUUUGCGGCCAUGGCUGGCACGUCGGCAACUGGGCUGCAGCAGCGGGGCAGCUUCCGGGGUGGGGCGCAUGACGGCGGCCGCAGCAGCAGCAGCGGCGUGGCGGGAUUCCCGGGGGAGGUUGCGAUGGCCACGGUAAUCGCCGGGCGGGCGGCUGGUUCAGACGCACUGACGCACGGGACUGUGCUUCGGCCACUGCAAGCACCACCCUCGCCGCCGCCGCCGCAACUAGUAGCGCAGUUCUCGCAGCCUCAGGGGCUGCCGGGACACUGGGCGGCGGCUCAGCUGCCGCCGCAGAUGCGCAUCAGCUCAACACAGCUCGCCACACCGCCUCCCUCGCCGCCGACUGCGGCGGUGAUAUCACAGCUGCCGAUACCGCCGCUGCAGCAACAGCUCCAACGCACUGCUGACGAGGAUUACGGCGGCGCCGCGUUCCCGCAGCUUUACCCCCUCGCCACCGGCGGCGCCGGCGGCGCCACGCCUAACCGCACCUCGCUGAGCGGGGCGCAUCCGGCUGACGCUCCUGCUAGCCCGUAUACCUUUGCAGCCGGCGGCGGCGCUGAUGGAUCCCUCGCCGCCAGCCAACUGCCGAAUGGCAUGGGAGCGCCGCCACCCACCGCCUUCGCAGCCGACUACUAUCGGCCCUUCGACGGCGGCAUGGCGUCGUACGGCAGGGAGGUGCCGGCCGCCGCCGUCGUCAGCGCCCCUGCCAGCAGCAACGACGGCUCAUCCGGCUUCCGCGGCUGCGACGGCAGUACUGGCGGCGCUCGUCGUACAUCCUACGGAGGUAGCGGCGGUGGUGGUGGUGGCGGCGGCGGCGGCUUUAGCGGCGCGACGCUGGGGGCCAGUGGCGGCGGCGCCGGUGGCGGGGCUGCAGGUUGUGGAUCCCAGCACAAGCGCGCACGCGGGCCGCAUCCUCGCUCCCGAUCCGGCACGCCGCCUCGCCUGCGCGCCAGCGACGACGACGACGACGGCGGCAGCAGCGGCGACGACGGUGACGGUGGCGGUGGUAGAGGUGGCGGCGGCGGUGCGGCUCGCUGCUUCCGUCCGGAGGAUCUCCCGGAGCCGGUUGCGGUGACGGUGACGGGACUGGGUCGUGAGGUGGGGGAGGACGGGCGGCGGCGGCGGAUCACGGUCCACGGGGUGUUCCAUCCGGACCGCUACCUGGCAAACCAGGACUGCAUCCUCUACAACAAUCAGUUUGUGAGUCGCUCGCGGUUCGAGAAGGAGGGCGGCUCCACCACCGCCAAGUGGCACUGCUCCAUCAAGGUGGCGGGAGCCAACAUGGUGGCGCUGGGCCACUGGCUGACGUCACGGGGGCUGCCGGUGCUAAAGGGAGGCGCCCGGAAGAGUAAGCGCCAGAAGGCCGCUGAGGUCACCCGUGCUCCCUCCGCCCCGUCCGCCUCGCCUCCCCACACCCGCCCCCGUCCGUCCCUCGCCUCCUUGGGAGCGGCGGCCAGCGCCCCACCCGCCACCACCACCGCCACUGCCGGUGGAGGUGGAGGUGGGGGUGCUGGCCCCUCCUCCGCUUUGCCUGCUGCGUGCGGCGGAGGCGGUGGUGGUGGUGCUCACAGCGGGGGUCGUAGCGCCGCCAUAUCCACCUGGCCGCCCCAGCAGGCCCCCCAACAACUGGGUAUACAUGGCCCUCCGCAGCAGCAGCAGCAGCAAGUGCCGCUCAGCCAUCCCCCGCACCCGCAAUCUCACUCCCAACGAGAGAGGGCUGGGGCGGCUCUGGAGGCUGCUCGAGGGGCUGCUGCGGAGCCCUGCGGCCCCUGGCAGCACAUGCAGCCGCAACAGCAGCAGCAGAAAAUGCAUACCUCUGCCCAGCAGCAGCAACAACACCAUCACCAACAACAACAUCAUCAGCAACAGCUGUUCAUGCAGCAGCAACACCAGCAGCAGCAGCAGCGUGCUGAGGCGGCGGCUGCAGCGGCGGAGCGGGGAGCCGCGGGGCUGCCCCCCUCCCUGCCGCUGCUGCCACACAUGCACCGCGCGCCCCACCACCACCACCACCCCCAGCAUUACCACCACCCCGAGCCACAGCAGCAGCAGCCACAGCAGCCUCAGCAGCAGCACCCGCUGGCACGUAGCGGCAGUGGCGGCGGCCCCAUGCUGGCGGCCCCGGGGUUGGGGAUGCGGAAUGCCGCGGCACCGGCCUCAGGCCCCGCCAUGCCCUCCGGAUUCGCUUUGCAGCCGCAGCACCAACAGCAGCAGCUGCGUCCCAUGCCGCCGCAGGGCCCGGCUUCCGGCGCCUCUUCGGGCUUCCUCACGCAGUCGCCCUUCCACGCCUCUGCGUUGCAGCUGUCGCCGCAGCCGGGGCCGCCAGCGGGGGUGGGGCUGCGGACGAGUGGCGCCAGCGGCAAUCCGCUGGGUGAGGGACACCACCCUGCCAUGCUCCGAGUGGACGUCCCCACCAUGUCCUCUGCGCCCGCAGCCCUGGGCGCCCCUCCCUCCUCACCCGGCCUGCAGGCCCUGCAGCCCCCGCCCCGCAUGGCCUCCUACCCGCACGGCGAUCCCCACCUGCACCAACAACAACAGCAACAGCAACAGCAGCAACACCACAUGCGGCUGCCUGCUGCGCCCGGCGUUGUAUACGGCGGCGGACCCUACACUACUACUGCCGCAUCUGCCGCCGCUGCGGCUGCAGGGGAGUACCAACGUCGCCUCAGCAGCGGCGGAGGUGGCGGUGGGGAAGGCGGCAUGGGUGGUGCUUACCGCAGCACCAGUGGCAACCUACCGGACUACCGGACGAGUAGCGGCGGCGGCGGUGCAGUGGAGCUGCCGUACCGGGACGCUCGCAUGGCCGCUGCAAUGGCGGCGGCCGGGGAGGCGCCACACGGAGUGCGGCCGCAGUGCCCGCUGCCGCCCAUGCCGCCGCCGCCGCCCUCGUCAUAAGGUUGGGAACUUAAUGAAGGUGGAUGUGGAUGGGAAACGGAUGUAUGUGCGGGUGUGUGGGUUGUCGAAACCGUGUUGUAAUAUGGGGGUGUGGGGUGAGUAAUGGCCCUCUUUUUGUGGGGAAGAUAAGAUGGAAUGCGUGUGGGAGGCCCGGGGCUAGGACUACGAAAGCGCUGUGAUAGGCGCGGGGCGCGAGGGUUGCGGAACCUGAUGUAUGCUCAGCCGAAGCAGGUUGCAGCGGCAACCGGCGGGUGCAGCGCGGCUCAGUGAAGCCGCACGCACGCCGCCCGGCACGGCCUCGCGAAGAGGCUCUUCAUUGAGAAUGCCCCCUCGAAGAACGCCCCCGCGUUGGGUUCAUCAUGGUCUACGUGUUCAUCAUGGCCAGGUUGAAGGGCUGCAUUGCUACACUACUAAACACUCGCAUGCGAGGUGACCUGGCGUACGUUUUCGUCACAAUCGCAGCCGGUUCGCCCCCGCUGCUGCUGCUCGGCCGACUUGUACCACGAAAGGUGGUACCUCGUCCCUCGUCCCCAUGAUGUGUGCGCAUUAUUGUGUGUGCGCGUGUGUCAGUAGUUGUGCGUGUUAGUUGUGCGUGUGUGUGUAUAAUCUCGGAGACGCGGGUCCAGCAUGGAAGUUAUGGUGCGCGGAAGCGGCUGUCAGCGCCGAAAACAAGGAAUCGACCAGCUUGUCGUUUUCAUUGAGCUCAUUUUGAAUAAUACUAAUAGUACGUGCACCAAUACGAAGUACGCUUCCAUAAGCCUUGGUUGUACGGCUUCAUAUGCUGGGUUGCUGCUAGGUACCACGGACACGACCUGGGGGGGGCAACACGCGGGGAUGCAUCACACAUGUUAUGUUGGCGGAUGUGCGUUUGGUCUUUUCUUCUCCUAAGCGCACAGUUGUUGUUUUCGAGUUGAUCAAGCCAUUAGUAAACGUGGCGUAACAUGCACUGGUUUGACGUUAACAUGAUAUUAGCAAAAUGAAUGGAGGGGAAGAGCCGAGGGGUCAACGACACCCCAUUCUUUGCCCUGGCCUGCCCCGUCCAGAAACGCUUAAGAGCAUCAGAUAGACCUUGGUGAGACCCCCAUCGCCCAUCUGACGGGGCCCCAACUGCCACAAUGACCGUGUUCGAUUCCCCCAUAGCGCGUGUUUCAUUGUUAGAUCCAUUGUUAAGGAGGCAUACUUGGGCUGGCAACUGUGGUUUCACAUCUCUUUAAAGAAAGCGUUUGUUGGAAGUACAAACGCAAACCCUUGUCCGUUGUGAGGAGGUGUGCAGGAUGCCCCCGUUCUCUGCCGUGUGUGCAUUGGCGUACUGCUAACGGUGGGGAAGAUCGUACUUUUAAUGAAGCCUUUGAAGUCAUGGUCAAUCGUGUCAUCUUUUGGAAUGCGGAUCCGGAAUGUGUACGGCAAAAGGAACGAAGUCGAACGAAGGGUCUCAAUUGCACGACGAACGAACGAGGUCUCGUAAGUCGGAUGUUCGAUGUCGGGUGCACGCGAGUGUCGCUGUGCUGUGUGUUUCUAUAGUGCUGUUGUUGCUAUAAGACGGAAACAAAGGAGAAGCAUGUCGCUUUGCGUUGCGGGUUUGCUAAUCGUGUGCGCCCAGUUUGUCCUGUGCGCAGUCUGUAACGUCGAUGUGCAGUGGAUGAUGUUACGUUUCAGGCUCGUUGGUUUGGCAGGUGGACUGCUGCCCAACAGUUUGGCGGUGCAACGGACAAAGUGCAACGGACGAACGGUGCAACGGACAAAGAGGACUCAACGCACUCCCGUACAUAUCACCCGGGAACCUAGGUCGGUAUGGGAAAACGAAUGACGACAGGAACGGAGGGAAGCGUGUGUGGCGUACGCCUUUUUGGUUUGCAGCGGGCGGGAACGACGUUUGUGCAGGCUUGGCACAGUCAUGCGGCUAGGAUGUGCGUUAGGGUGCCGGUACGUUGCGCUUGCGUCUGAGAAAGCACGCGUAGGUGGUCUGCAUAGUAGCGUUUGCCAUGUGUUGCGCAGGAGUGGGUAUAUCCCCGUAUUUGUGCAUGGUCGCCGGGGGGAUGUUGGAGGCUGCUGCAGGCUAAUGUGCCGGAGUUGGCCUGGUGCUAGCAUGACGUGGAUACGGGGUCUCGGCAUGGCGGGGACCUUGAUAUCAGCAUGUUGGCCAUUCAGCUGUCGCCCAUCGCCACCCUUUUCGAAUUUUGCCAUGGCCAUGUAAAUUGUAAGGCAUUACUCCUUUAAUUAUGAAACGUCUCAUCAGCUGCAUCAUCCUUUCGAA